CUUUUGAAAACAACUGUCUCGUCAGCACUUUUACACUGAUCAGGAUACUCUUUAUGAUAAUUUAACUUCUGACACAUUAAGUGUAUGAUUCUUUCCAGUUUUAUGUGACAAUAUUAGAGAACGAUCAAUGUAGUAUCUGAUCUUUGUUCCUCAGUGUGAACCUAAAUUACUGCACAAACAUUGUGUGUCAAGUCCGCACAGACAUGCUGACUAUCCAGGCAAGUGGCUGGAACAAGCGAAAGGCAGAAAACCUUGACCGGACACUGGCCAAAAGAUACAUCAAGACUGUACAAAGGAUCACAGAGGCAUCAAAGGACCUGGAGAAACUCACCACUGAGUUAUCUCUACAGCAAGACACAGUUCAGCAGUGGGUGGCUGAUGUUCAGCAGUGGUCCUCAGGAGCAACAAUCCAAAAUGACCUGCAGAAGACCAUCGAGGGAUUAUAUCUGGGCAUCAAACAGCGAAAGUUUCAGCUGUAUCGUCAGUCCGGUGGGAAUAAGCAAAGGCAUCAACUGAGAAGAAAGAUUGUUGUUGAGAAGAAAGCCUUGGAAGUUGCCAUCAAUGACCACAAUGCUACUGUGGGGGAAGAUGAAAAACUGCCUCCUCCCAAUGAACUCCUGGCUAUGGACAACUACUCCUGGCCAUGGGAAUGCAGUACAGCCGGAUUAAUGGAGAAAGGACGUGAGGGACUACUCUGUGUGCUGAAGAGAAGAUUGUGUGAAGUUGAAGCACAACUGGCCACAGCACGCACAACAUACAAAAGUAUUCUUGGACUGCAAACAUUGUCCUUAGAUGACUUCUCGGAAGAGGAAGACUCAGAGAAUUCUUCCUCAAGUGAUGAGGAACUGGGAGAGUAG